UAUACUUCCUCUUGCACAUAGUGAAUAUUUUCUUAAGUUUUUUAUUGUAUGUAAACACCACUUCUGAAGUGAAGUGAUGUCGCACUGACAAUUUUGAGAUAGUUAAUAGUUGAGAAUAAUUUUAAAAUCAGUACAGUAGGCAAUAUCUUUCGGUUCGAACAGGAUGGGAAAUGAGGAUUUUGAAAGAAUCAAAGUCAUUGGGAAAGGAAGUUAUGGAGAAGUUUGGCUUGCAAGACACAAGAAAGAUAAGAAACAGUAUGUUUUAAAAAAACUUAACUUGGGUAAAGCUUCAAAAAGAGAGAGAAAGUCAGCAGAACAAGAAGCAAAGCUAUUAUCCAAAUUGAAACACCCCAAUAUUGUAGCAUACAAAGAUUCUUUUGAAACCGAUAAUGGUUUUCUUUUCAUUGCUAUGCAAUAUUGUGAAGGCGGAGAUCUAUAUGCAAGACUUAAAGAACAAAAAUCUGUUCCUCUUGAAGAAAGACAAGUGGUUGAAUGGUUUGUUCAAAUAGCAAUGGCCCUUCAGUACAUGCAUGAGCGCAAUAUUUUACAUCGUGAUUUGAAAACUCAAAAUAUAUUUUUAACAAAGAGCAAAAUUAUUAAGGUUGGAGAUCUGGGCAUAGCAAGGGUCUUAGAAAAUGCAAGUGAUAUGGCUACUACAUUAAUUGGUACACCGUACUACAUGAGUCCAGAACUCUUUUCAAACAAGCCUUAUAAUCAUAAGUCUGAUGUGUGGGCCCUGGGAUGUUGUGUUUAUGAAAUGACAACACUAAAGCAUGCUUUUAAUGCUAAAGAUAUGAAUUCUCUUGUGUAUAAAAUUCUAAAAGGAAGGAUGCCACCUAUGCCACGUCAGUACAGUGUUGAAUUAUUGACUCUGAUGAGAAGUAUGUUACACCAAGACCCUGAAAAAAGACCAAGUGUUAAUAGAAUAUUGAGAGAUCCAUACAUUAAAAAAAAUAUUGCAAUUUUUCUUGAAGACACUAAAAAAAACAGCAAUAGGAGACAGGUUCAGUCAUCAGCCAACCAGCUGCAAGCACCUAGUUCAAGACCUUCUUCUGCCUCAUCCUUACGCAAAGAACCUUCUGGAGAGUCUGAAAUAAAUAAGAUUAAUGAAGAAAUUCUUUUAGUGGAACCGGUAUUCAAAUCAUCUCUGGUAAGAAAACCAUCAGAUUCUGCACUUAGGGAUCUUGAACCCAUCAAAGAAAAAGUUGAAGAAUUUAAAAAAUCUACUACCUCGGAAUCUUGUGAGAGUAAAGUAUCAUCCUCACUUUCAAAGGAGAUAAAUUCUCCAAAAAAAGAGUUACCACCACGGAAAAAGAAUUUUUUGAAAAACCAUGUUAAAAAUAAUAAGUCAGGAGAUUCUGAUAAACUGGAUGGUGGAGAUAGUUUAGCUAAGUCAGCACCACCAAGCCAGGAAGUGGUUCAUCAAAGUUAUGUACCAGAGCCACAGAAACCUCAGUUAAGAAAAGAUGACCGGCGACCUCUACCACUACCAAAAGCUGAAGAAAGUAAAGGGCUUCCACAGUAUCGAGAAGACAAAUCUAAAAAAAAGCCUGAUUCAUCAAACUCUAUGAAAGAUUUGAGUGGAUCAAGCUCUAAAGAAGACACUGAUUUUAGCCUGGAUAUUGAAACACCCAGGAGUUUACCAAAUUUCUCAGCUAGACAAAGGAGACGUCAAAAAAAUGAUACAGCAAAUUCUGUUGAAAAUAUAAAUUCUGCCAUGGUAAAGCUGAAGCGGUUGCCUGAAAAAACAGACUCUAAUGGUGUAAAUAUGCAGGAAAAGAAUGAGGUCUCAACAAAUUUAUCCAGGCCACCAAGAUUAAAGCACCAAAGGCAGCCAUCUUUAAAUGACAGCACUAGUUCUUCAGACGAGUCCCAAAGAUUGUCAGCCAGAAGUGAUGCCAACUUAAAAGAUAAGGAAAUAAAGAGAGAAGUGAAAGAGUUAAACAACUUCAUUACUUUACUUGAUACAACACUUCAUAUGAAUCAUGCCAUUGAAGUUUCUGAUGAUGAAGAAGAGCUUAAACCAGCUGACCGGCAUUCGGCUCAUAUUCCAUCACCAGAGCCCCAACCAACACAAAAAAUACACAAAUCUAUUUCAAUGCCAAGUGUAGAAACGCUAACUAGUCAGUCAAGGUUAAUGGAUAGGAUAAAAAUGUUGCACAAGGAUUGUAUUCAAGGUGUUGGCUACACUGCUUUAAAAAGGGCCUAUGAAAUCCUGGACAAAAUAGAUGAAGAUGAAAUUGAACCCAAAUUGGUGGAUUUGUUGGGAAAAGACAAAUUUGAUGACUAUGCAGGAAAGAUUUGGCAGCUCAAGUUUUGUGAAGAAGCUUUGUUCUUAGCCUAAUAAAAACAAAUUUUAAAAUGACUUAUUUUGACCAAGUGUAAAUAUAUAUAUUUAGCAAAAUCAGUAAAAUGACUGCAGGUGUUGUGCUUUUGAUGCCUUACAUAAGUGAUUUACCUUACAGUGAUAGAGAACAAUGAUGUAUAAUUUGUCCUGUUUUCACUUUUUUUAUAAUUACAAUAACUUAUCAGUAAGUUUUGGAAAGCAUUUAAAAAAAAACCCUUUUUAAAUUAAAUUAUUACUGAUAUAUUACAGAAUUUUUCAACUGGAAAAAUAUGUUAUUGCAUAAAAGUAUUAGGUUAUCUAUACAGUAAUAGGCUAGACUAAGUUAAGACAAUUUUAGUUAUGUUGAGUAAAAUUAUAAGAAAAAUAUAUUUAUUGUAAUUAAUGUUAUGUUUAAAGUUUUCAAAAGACUAUAGAAACUGGAUAUAUUUAAAUAAAACACUUUGUUACUAAAUAUUUUUAUUUACUAAAUUUACUGCUAACAUCAGUAUUAGUGAAGGAAAGAUUUGUUUUUGUCAUGGGAAUAUUACUUUGACAAUAGACAGUCUCUUUUUUAUUUGAAAUAAUCUAUCUAGGUAAAAGAAAUACAGUUCAAGAACAGAAUAGUUCUCAAAUAAUUUGAUAGGUUUAGUCAACUAGUUAGCUGUAAUGUUAUUCUUCAAUUUACAGCUAUCUAAAAACUCAGAUGGCAUUUUAACUUCACAUGAUUCCAGCAGCUUAAAGUUGGUCUAUUUACAUUAUGUAAAACAAUAAUAAAAAUGUAAUUUUUUUUUAAGUUUGUAACAUUUUUUUCCAUAAAAUUUGUACAAUACCAUAUUAAAAUCUUUGCUACAGUUAAAAUCAAUGUCUCAGUCCCAUACCCCAAUUUAAAAAAAAACUUUUUCUAGUCUACAAGUAAAUGCAGAUUUGUAUUACCAUUACUUUAAAUAAAUGAAUAAUUAGUGGGAAGUAAUUAUUUAAAUAAGUUGGUAACUGUAAAACGUAAUCAAAAUAUGAUGAAACCAAUAUGUUGAAUGUUACAUUUUUUUUGUUCUCUUGUAAACAAUAUUCCAUUUUAUAGUUAUUAUUAAAAAUAAAAUUUCAUAUUGAUUUCCGUCCAUUUGAUUUACCUUUAAAUGGCAUAUAAAACAAAAAAAGUUCAUGAUUGUCUCGAAAACUGAAAGAUGUGAGCUUUAAAAGCUAAUUUCUUAUAACAUUUGGAUUUUAUACACAUUUGUACAAUAAAUAAUGUACACAUUUUUUUACAUAUAUUUUGUUCUUUGUAUAUUUUUUUUUUUUUGCAUUCCUUGAUGGGCUGCAAAAAUUGUUAAGUGUUUAUUUAUAGAGCACAGCCUUAGUAACUGUGAUAGUCAAAAUAUUUUUUCUUUUCUAGAAUAUUUUGUGUUCAACAAAUAAAACAAUACACCUUUUAUCUUGC